AUGGAGUGGGAAAAACUGAUCCCCAAUGUGGAGGGGACAAAGGUGAGUCAGGUGGUCUGGAGCUGGGUGACGAAGACCCAGCCAGGUAUUCCGGGACCUGCAUGGGGUGGAACUGCCUGCUGCAGACCUGGGUGUGGAGAACACGACUGUGCAGCAGGGACCCGAGAACUCAGGAGCGCCAGUGAUCGCGCAGUGCGGCCCUGGAAAGUCAGCAGUCAGCAGCGCAGUGGUGGGAACCGCAGCCCGGCGGCCCUGGAAGCUCCCAGGGGAGAGGAGCUGCGGGGCUGGGACCUGGGAGGGAGGGAGCGGGAAGCCGGCUCCGAGAUUUGCUGUGGAUGUUUUUCCUUGGCGUUUUUUAGAUCAUAUGGAAUAAGCGGUGUGUUGACAUUCAGUGAUGUAGCAGUGAACUUCUCCCAGGAGGAGUGGGAAUGCCUGGACUCUGGUCAGAGGGCUUUGUACAUUGAUGUGAUGUUGGAGAAUUACAGCAACCUGCUGUCUGUGGAGAACUAUUACAAGUGUGAUUCUGUCCAUCAGCAUGUGAAAACUGAAAAGGAGUCUUGUCAGUGUAAUGAGCCUGGAAAAGUGCUUCGUGACCCCUCCACAUGUGCACUUUAUAGAACAAGUGAAACUACAGAAAAUUCUAAUAAUUACACAUUCAGUAACCACAGGGAUGCCUCUGAUGACUCAUCAAACCCAGACAGACAUGAAAGCAUGCAAAAUGCAGGAGAACCUUGCCGAUCUAAAGACAGUGAGGAAUCUUUAAAUUUGUGUUCUGACAUUCUUCAAGAUCAGACAGUCUACAUUGCAAAAAAAGAGCACAGGCAGGAAGAAGGUGAGGACUCUUUGAGCUCUGUAUACAGUCUUGUGCAACACCCAAUCUACAUUGAAGAAAAUCCACACCAGUGUGGGAAAUACAAGAAAUGCUUCAGGACUGCUUGCUAUCUCACGGAUCAUGAAAGAAUUCCUACUGGAAUUAAACAUUGCCAGAGCAACAUUAGUGAAAAAUCAUUCACCCAGCAUUCCAGUUGUAAAAUACACCAAAGCCUUCAUUCGUUGGAGAAACCUUACAUAUGUAUGGAAAGUGACAAGUCCUUAACUUGGAAUUUGCAGUUUAGAAGACAUAAGACAGUUCAUACUGGAGAGAGACCUUACAAUUGUAUGGAAUGCAACAAGUCCUUUAUCUGGAACUCACAACUUAGAACACAUCAGAGAGUUCACACUGGAGAGAGACCUUACAAAUGUCUGGAAUGUGACAAGUCCUUUAGCUGUAACUCAAAACUUAGAAGACAUCAGAGAGUUCAUACUGGAGAGAGACCUUACAAAUGUCUGGAAUGUGACAAGUCCUUUACCCGGAACUCACAACUUAGAACACAUCAGAGAGUUCACUCGGGAGACAGACCUUACAAGUGUAUGGAAUGUGAUAUAUCCUUUACCAGGAAUUCAGAACUUAGAAAACAUCAGAGAGUUCACACUGGAGAGAGACCUUACAAAUGCAAAGAAUGUGACAAGUCCUUUACCCGGAACUCACAACUUAGAGCACAUCAGAGAGUUCACACUGGGGAAAAACCUUAUAAAUGUCUGGAAUGUGACAAGUCCUUUACCUGGGAUUCAGAUCUUAGAAAUCACCAGAGAGUUCAUACUGGAGAGAGACCUUACAAAUGCAAAGAAUGUGACAAGUCCUUUUCCCAGAACUCACAUCUU